AUGAAUAAAAUCAAUGAACGAAUUAAAAACGCAAGAGUUAAUUCAGCUUUGGAGAUGGAAUCAUCAUUUGAAAACGAAGAAGAUCGGCCGAGUGUAUCACAUCAUCUAAGGGAGUGGGCAUUAAAAUACAAUGUCAGGCAUAAUUCUUUGGGUGAUUUGUUAAAAAUCUUGAUACGCCACGGACUGAAGUUUUUACCCAAAGAUCCCAGGACAUUAUUAAAAACACCUCAAAGUAUUUUGAUUGAACCUGUUGCAUCUGGAAGUUUUUGGUACGCUGGCAUAGAAAAUAAAUUGAGAAAAUUGUUUCAUUCGCCCGAUAAAAAUGUCGGUUUGGAACUUAAUAUUCAUGUUGAUGGGCUACAGAUUUAUAAUAGUUCGAGUAAACAAUUCUGGCCAAUUUUGAUACAAAUUCAUGGACUCUCAAAUAUCGAACCAUUUGCUGCGGCUGUGUGGUAUGGAGAAGGCAAACCUUCUUGUGUGAACGGAUAUUUAUCAAAAUUUGUAGAAGAAAUUAAUAAUUUAACUUUAAAUGGAAUGGAAAUCAAAGGCUACUUUUUUUCAAUUAAAGUACGUUGUAUAAUUGCAGAUACGCCAGCUAGAGUAUUUUUAAAAGGUGUGAGAAAUUUUAACCAUCAUACUGGUUGCCAGAGAUGUAUAACUCGUGGAAAAAGUAUAAGAAAUACUAUGUCAUUUCCAAUAUUAAAUAGCCCAUUAAGGACUGAUGCUGAUUUUCGAUCCAGAUCUGAUCCUGCACAUCAUUUGAAGUAUUCAGUUAUUGAAGAAAUAUUGAAUUUUGAUUUAAUCUUCGACAUGCCUCUCAGCGAUCCAUUGCAUUUACUCGAUAUUGGUGUUAUGAAACACGAUUUGCUAAGGGCAGCUAACGAAAAUAAGCCAACGGAAAUAAAUCGGCCGGUUGGAACGAUAC